UUCGAUCACUACAAGAAUCGACCCCGCAAAGCUUGCUCGUGGCUAGUAUACGAGGUAAUACCACAAAGAUGGAAUCGCCCCUCCCUGAACAACUGUUCCUCGAUAUCCCCGUCGCAGACGUCCUCAACAAAACGGCGAGAACACGACUCGUCGAGCCAUGGGCAUCUCGCUACUGCACCGCGAUCUCCGAAAAGCGCUAUGGGGAUGCGAUCUAUGCGCGGUACCAUAUCGAUGGACGCGCCAAAGAUGGGAUAUACACCGAUCUGCGCGAUAAGGGUGAUGGGCCCUUUGAGAUCCACGAGACUAGCGUUUACGAUAUGAUAUUGGAAGACGCCCGCGAACUGGCGCAAACUUGUCCGGACCUUUAUAGUGACGCACUUCUGUUCUAUCGUGAAUCAAUUCCGAAUGAUAGUCGACGGGAUAUCAUUGAAGGGCUCUUCAAGAUCGGUUCGGCUGGACCAGCUACUGAGCUGCCCGGGAAUCGAAAGUGCUGCGGGUAAACCAGGAAUCUCUCCCAACUGGCAUUCGUAGUUGUUCAGUGCACUUGCUGAUCUUGGCUUGCUUGAUAUGCCAAUUAGUAUAUGAAUCAUCCACACACUCUUGCCUUCUGGGAGAUUUGAAUCGCGUUGCCUCAAUGGAAUGGUCCUACUGCAUACAUGUCAAAGUAAUUUCGAUAUGAAGUUACAUUAG